GGAACGAGUUGCACCAUUCGUGCAAAAAAUGGAUGAGAAUGCGAAAAUGGAAGAUUCCAUCAUACAGGGAUUGUUUGAGCAAGGGGUCUGCACACCUUUACCUAAUCUUUUAUUUGGAAAGUAACAGCAUUUUAUGUAUCUAACUGUGCCUUCUUCAGAUUUAUAGAUUAAAAGAUUGAGGGAUAUAAUUCCAAUGAACUGAUGAAUCAUUAAAAAUUUUGGAGUUGUCAAUCACAUGACAGCUUUCUUUACAGCAUUAUCACUCUCCAUCUUUUACUGUAAUUCUUUUUCCAUCUUCCCCAUACCACAUACUUCACCUUAUCUUUUAGUUCCUUGUCUUCCCUCCCUCAAUUUUUUUUAAUUGGAUGCUGGAAAGGCCAUGACUCCAAGUGUUGAUGGAGAAGAGAACCAAUAUUCCUCUGUGCCUUACUGGGCAGCCAUGAGGACUUACAUUGCCAAAAUCUUGCUGAUGAGUAUUGAGCUUGGGGAAGAAUAUGGAGGAACUGGAGCUUCAUUUUUUUCCAUCAUAUUGGCAGUGGAAGAAUUGGCCAAAGUUGAUCCAGCUGUGGCUCUUGUGUGUGAACUCCAAAACACUCUAACAAAUAAGUUGUUUACCACCUAUGGAACAGAAGAACAGAAGAGAACUUACCUGCCCAGGGUGUCCAAAGAUACAUUAGGGAGUUUCUGUCUGUCAGAGGCUGGGUCUGGCAGUGAUGCUUUUUCCUUGAAGACUCGAGCUGAAAAGAAGGGAGACUACUACAUUAUCAAUGGCUCAAAGAUGUGGAUUAGCUUGGCAGAAGAUGCAGGAGUUUUCUUUGUCAUGGCAAAUACAGACCCAUCCUUAGGCUACAGAGGAAUCACCUGCUUCGUAGUGGAUCGCAACACUGAGGGGCUUCAUGUGGGGAAGAAGGAGGACAAGCUGGGGAUCAGAGCGUGUUCCACCUGCCCUGUCACCUUGGACAAUGUGAAGGUUCCUGAGAGCAAUAUUCUGGGACAAGUUGGACAAGGCUAUAAGUAUGCCAUUGGAAUGCUCAAUACUGGCAGGAUAGGGAUUGCUGCACAGAUGUUAGGACUGGCCCAGGGGUGUUUUGACCGUACAGUUCCCUACACAAAGGAGAGAGUUCAGUUUGGGAAGAGCGUGUUUGAUUUCCAGGGGAUGCAGCACCAGAUUGCCCAGGUGGCCACGCAGCUGGAGGCAGCCAGGCUGCUGACCUACAACGCGGCACGGCUGGCGGAGACGGGCAGGCCGGCCAUCAAGGAGGCCAGCAUGGCCAAGUACUUCACUGCUGAGGUUGCAACACUGACAACCAGUAAAUGCAUUGAAUGGAUGGGAGGUGUUGGAUUCACCAAAAAUUUCCCAAUAGAAAAGUACUACCGUGACUGCAAGAUAGGUACAAUAUAUGAAGGAACUUCAAAUAUCCAGUUGAGCACAAUUGCAAAAUUCUUAGCACAGGAGUACUGAAACAUAAGGACUUCCUUGAUGCUAUAUAAAAAUUAUUUCCCUUAACACUAAUUGUAAACUUAUUUGUAAUUACAGAAGGCAUUGAUUACAUCAUAAAUAAGAAUACACUAUCACAGUGAAAUCAUAGGGAAAACCAUGAGUUCCCCAUUUCAGGAGAGAGAGUGAUUUAUGUCAAAUCAUGAAUUCCACAUUCAAAUCCAAACUUCUUUCUGCCUGAGACCCUUCCAAGCACUGGAUUUAGCUCCCUGAAGUCAUGCCAGCAGUUCAUCUCCACUUGGAGAUUUCAGAGUGAAAACAAAGGAACCCAAAUACCUGGAAUCCAAAUCCCUGGCAUUUCUGUUGAUCCACCUGGGAGAGCCAGUUUGUGGGGUGUGCUGCUGCAUUAGCAUGGGGUGCACAGAGAGGGAAUUGAUGCUUUCCUCUCUCCCAGGUGGAGUGCUGUCUGUGGAGCUGCUGUAAUUGGAGUCAUUUUUAUAGCAGCCCUCAGUGUGUUCUUAAGGAUAUCUUUGUAAUUAAGCCCUUGCAGCCCCAAUUUGUACUCCUGAAAGGUGGAUAAUAUCCACCUCCCUUUCCAGCCUUCUCAGCUGUUAAGGGUUUUAAUCUAAGAGCCUAUUUAUAGUUCUCCUUUCAUAAAAGGUUGAGUUGAAAUCUUUCUGAAAUGGGGUUAAAAAAGCUCUAGUAGUUCUGCAAAAGGACAGAUAUAAGCUGGGUAAUGGGAGUGCUGUGAUUCUACCUCCCAGUGGCCUUUCCACAUUCAAUGCAUUUUACAAACUUUAAAGGGAGGCACUGUUAAUUUGCAGCCUAGAAAUCCUUGCUCCUGGAAGUUAGUGGUUCUCCAGCACAGUUUUCCCCUUUUUUUAGAGACAAAAAAGGGCAGGGGGGUUGGGAAGUAUUUUAUUUAUUUGUCUCUGUUUACUCUAAAAUUAGACAUUUUAUUUACAGCAGAAACCUCUUCAGUGCUGGAGAGCUAAUUAACUAAUAAUCAAGAGACAGGAAGCUUAAUAUAUGAAAAAUCAUCCUAAUUGCUGUAAUUGGCAAUCUGUUUCAAGUGUUUUGGGGAGGGAAGGAUUGGUUUUCUGGUUUUGGCUUGACUUAGAGGAAUCUCAUUUUUAAAGCUUGCCUUUCACUGAUGAUUCACUCUGAGUGGAGCUUAGAACAUUACGGGCUGAGACUCCCAGAGGAUUUCCUAGCAAAACCAGGGCAAGUGACACUUAACAAGUGGGAUUUGUAAAACAAGCAGUGCCUUAGACAAAGAAACAAGCAAGGAUGAAAAGCACUAUUAAAAAGUUCUCUGACUUCAAAGGGAAGUAACUGCUUUAGUGAAUUAAUCCCUCUAUGUACACGCUUUGCCUGGUAAUGGGCAAAGAAUUAUUGUGGUGAUUAUCCUUGUGCCAAUAAAAAUGCCCCUCCCACAUCAGUUUGAUCAAGAGCUUUGAGAUUUACAAAAAUACAGGAGUAGGAAGGUAGGCUAGGUGGUUUCUGAAGUUUUCUUCUACUAUUAUUAUUAUUAUUAUUAUUAUUAUUAUUAUUAUUAUUAUUAUUAUUAUUAUUAUUAUUAUUAAUGCAUUUCAGAUUUACUUGCAGGCUUUCUUUCAUCUGAAUUGAAACAGCUGGGGAAAUUUAGAUUAGAAUUAAGACUAGUCUUAAUUCUUAUUUAGAUUAGAAUUCUAGUGAAUUAAGACUACAGACACCACAGCAUUUAACUGCAGUUAUUCUGCUCAACACAGUCUGUCUGUAAAUCCAGAAUAAUCAAAACCACACUGCAAAAUGCUGGAGCUAAUGCUGAUUGCUGUGCUGAGUUGUGCCAAGGUGAGGCAGCCCUUGGCUGCUGAGGUUUAAUCUGCUUUGCUCACAUGAGUGUCCACAGAAAGCAGGGUUUGGUUUUUGCUGUGAUCUCCUGGUUUGUGAUACUCUCAGCUUGGCAUCUGCAGUUUUGUGUGAGGCUGGCAAUACUUUACUGAUUCAAUACAGUGCCAGAAGCAAACCCUUUGUGCAGGAAAGUGCAGAGCUCUUUGAAGGACUGUGAAGGGCUGGAUAUCCAGGAUUAUGUAAAAAGACUUGCUUUGUGUAGAAAUGUGUCAGGUAUCCAUUUGAAAAAAUAACCAGGGGAAAAUGAGAUUAAUGAGAUUCCUGACAAUCAGAUAUGGGAUGCCUGAGUCCAGCAAACAACCUGAACAUCCUCAGCAGCAAUUCAGCAGUAGCUGAUGAGCUUUUCUUCUCAAUAAAGCAAGGUCAAACAUUUAACUAAUAUUACAGCUGUAAAUAUUUCAUGUCUUUGUUAUGUAUGCUGUAUUUUGUACACAGUUUUGAAAGAAAUAAAUAAUGUGUUGUAUUUACAUACAAAAUUUUGUGGAGGAGUAUGUGCACAAAUCAAUUCCAACCCCUGAGUAACUUUCCUUGCUGUUUUAAGGUACCUGUGUGGAGAGCAUUGGCUACUCUGGUCACUGAUUCUGGGGGGAGUCACAGAAUGGUUUGGGUUGGAAGGGCCCUCAAACCCCAGCCCUGCCAUCUGAACUCAGCUGUUUGGUUAGGAAUGAGGAGUGCUGUGCUGUUGUCCAGGAGCUGUUUAGAGCUGCCUGUGCUCCCAGCCCUUGUUCUGCUUUGGGACAGGCAUUUUUGGGUGCUCAUAAAUGGCAAUUCUACAUUUGGCACUGUGGGCACAGGCUGCAGAGCUGGUGUGGGCAAUGCUGGGAGGCUUUCUGAGCUUUCAAGCUGCUUUAUAUACUCAAGAUGUAUUCAAGAUAUAUUUUAUUAGUGACUUUUCCCUUUUUAUGCCCUUAGUCCAUCCAGUCUGUUGUCCUGGAACAGCAACUUCAGUAUCAAAUGUUGCAUGUCAGCUUCCCUGGUUAGAAGAAAGGACCUGUAUUGAGAAUGUAUUAAAAAGUGCCUGAAUUUUGUUUUUGACUUGAUACAAUGAUUGUAUGUGAUUUUAUGGUUCUCUAACAAUCUGUAAUUUAAAAUUGUUGCUAGAUCUUGCAGGUUUUGUACAGGAGAGAAUGGCUGUAUCAUGUCAGCUUUCUCUAGUUCUGUUCUGCUUGGUGAUCAAGGCAGAUUUCCACAGAAGGGUUUAAUCACUACUUGGGAAAUACUCAAAUACAACAUUUUGUAUCAUCUUC